AUGGCUGCCGUUCCUGAUACUUGUGUCGCCCGGGACACCCAGCACAUCUACAGCCCCGUUGGCGAAAUGGCUUCGUUGCCGCCCAGAUCGUCGAUCCACGGCCGCUUCAUAGCGGGCUUUGUGCGCCAUACCUCCGGCCAUCUCAUUCACUGCUUCGGCCCCUUUCCAACCCGAAUAACCCCAGUAUGGCCCCAGAUCCGGGACCACGUCUUGCGGGAGGAGUGCCGCCCGCGCAACCGCCUGUCGCAGACCUCCUUGCCCAUCAAGCACGCACCCGAGACGGCUGACAGCACGGAGCGUGUGCCCCCCUCUCACGAGUAUGUGGUUUUCGAAAUGCCAAGGCUCGCGGAUGAGCAGGUCAUUGGGCUUGUGCUCGCGCCCGACUCGUCGCCGACGCCGCAGUCUCUCGAGCUCGAUAUGUUUUUCGCGGACCUGGUGCUGCGCGGCCUGCGCGUGGAUAUAAAAACCCACGCAGGCCAUUUACGAGACCCCGACGCCGACGUGGCCGCCGACGCGAUUGUGCAUCUUUUCGAUACAAGCCUGCGGUACGUCGGGAAACACGACAAAUGGCUCAGGGGAGGACGAGACGUGUUCCGGCAGCAGGUGAGGUCGUUUACGUCCCGGGGGGCACGGGUCGAAUUCUGCCUGCCCGCGUUUCCGUGCAAGUCCUCCAGCACGGAGAAGGUCUUGUCCCAGUCCCCAGACCGUGGGGAAUACGUGGCCCUGUCGAAUUUGCAGCGGUUCCUGCAAGAGGUAGAGGAUGUCUAUGGGCCGGGGGCCAAGCUCUGGAUCAUCAGUGACGGACACGUGUUUAGCGAUUGCAUUGGCGUCGACGACGGGGUUGUCGACCAGUACGGGGCGGAACUGCAAGCCAUGAACGAGACGAUUGCCCAUCGCCUCGGGGGCAAGGACAGGAUCGGGUUCCGAUCUCUGCCCGAGUUGUUCGACUACGACGGCCUCGUUGGUGCGAGCGAAUUGCCUCUGGUUACGGGUUAUCCGCCGCUCAAACCUCGUCUGAUUGGUACCAAGACGACAGCCAAGGCCGAGCUGUGCCGCCGGAUUCUUGACAUGGGAUUCCGGCCGGGCGACGCGGAGCCGAUGGAGGAUCUGAUUGCCAGGGAUCCGGCGCUGCUGGCUUUGUAUCGCGGUUUCUCCAAGUUUAUGCUCGAGGACCUCGCUACGAACCAGUACACGAGGCAUCUUAGCCGGAGCCAGUUGAGAAAGAAGGCGUCCGAGGUGGCUAAAGAGAUGAUGCAGCGAAACCAGGCCUAUUCGAAUUUGGUGGAAAUGAUGUUUCCGCACCAUGUGCGGCUGUCCAUACACGCACACGAUAAUGCUGGCCCGAAAUUCGGCAUCAAGAUGUUGGGAAAACACGUCAUUCCGACGGAUGUCAUUCCCCCGACGGGCGAGGCUUUGGAUUGCUGCGACCACUUGCAUAUACCCACGCCCUGGCACAAUUGCAUGGUCGAGAUUGAUGGGCGCCUGGGCCUCUACACGACAAAGGCGAGUGCCGUGUGGCCGGCAGUGCGAUCUGGUGAUGCCACAUGGGUCACUGGCGGAGAAUGCGGGAGUUAUGUCUACUUUAAAAAGAUGGAAUCGGUAGCGUAA